AUGGGAUUUCCUAACCUGAGCCACCCCUCUCCCCUUCCUUCUCUCUCUCCCUCCUGGCUCCCUCUCUCCCUCCCUCCCUCUCCCCUGUCCUCCUCUCCUUCGGCCCUGACCACUGCCUUGGAGUCACCUGGAGAGGCCACUGCUUCUUGCCACCCGGCCUCCUCCCCCAUCGUGUCUGCCCUCCUGGCGCCAGUCCUGGGCAUGGAGUUUGUCCUGGGCCUGGUGGGGAACAGCCUGGCCUUAUUAAUCUUCUGCUUGCGCACGCGGCCCUGGACGUCCAACACCGUGUUCCUGGUCAGCCUGGUGGUCGCGGAUUUCCUCCUGAUCCUCAACCUGCCCCUUCGCGUCGAUUACUACCUCCUCUACGAGACCUGGCGCUUUGGUGACACUGCCUGCAAAGUGAACCUGUUCAUGAUCGCCACCAACCGCACGGCCAGCGUGGUCUUCCUCACGGCCGUGGCGCUCAACCGCUACCUGAAGGUGGCGCGGCCACACCACGCGCUGAGCAGGGCCUCGGUUGGGGGCGCUGCCCGCGUGGCCGGGGGUCUCUGGGGGGCACUCCUGCUCCUCAACGGGCACCUGCUGCUGACCACCCACUCCAGCCGGUCCUGCCUCAGUUACCGGCUGGGCACGAGACCCUCGGCCUCAUUCAGAUGGCACCAGGCCCUGUUCGUGGUGGAGUUUUUCCUGCCGCUGGCGCUCAUCCUCUUUGCCAUCGUGAGCAUCACGCUCACCAUCCGCCGCCGCGGCCUGGACGGGCAGGCGGGCCCGCGGAGGGCCAUGCGCGUCCUCGCCGCCGUGGUGGGCGUCUACACCGUCUGCUUCCUGCCUAGCGUGGUCUUCGGCGUCGCUUCCAUCGUGGCCUUCCGCCUGCGUGCCUGCCGCGCCCUGGAUCUCUGCUCGCAGCUCUUCCACGGCUCCCUGGCCUUCACCUACCUCAACAGCGUCCUAGACCCCGUGCUCUAUUGCUUCUCCAGCCCCAGCUUCCUCCGCCAGGGGCGGGCGCUGCUGGGCCUCGCCCAGGGCUGGCAAGGCUCAGACAGCGACAAGAGCACCUACUGGCCCUCCGCCAGGCGCAGGGCGUGCUCUAGGAAGGCGGUGGCCACAGGGAGGCUGCAGGCGGAGGUCUCAGAGGAAGACUGA